AUGUCCUCAACCGUCCUGAUCGUCGGUGCCACGGGCAGCACGGGCCGUGGCGCCAUCAAGACCAUCUCCGCCCUACUCACGGCCGACAAGUCCCCGCUUCCAGGCCACAAGAUCAUCGCGGUGACCCGGUCCGCCUCGGGCGCGGUAGCCAAGGAAAUCGCCAAGCUCCCCGGUGUGACGGUCAUCGAGAAGGACUGGAUCGGCACGACGCCAGAGUGGCUGCGCGAGCACAACGUCAAGCGCAUCUAUCUGGCGUCCAGCGUGACCGCGACCCAUUUCGUCGACGAGUCGGGCAUGUACGCGUCCGCCCUGGCCGCCGGUGUGGAGUACGUGGUGCGCGUGUCGACGGGCCGGCCCAUGGUGCGCCCGGAUAGCCUGGCAUUCUACCCCCGGAACCACUGGGCCAUCGAGAGAGUGCUCGAGUCCCCCGAGUUCGAGAGCCUACCUAGCUCAUCCAUCCACCCGCCUGCCUUCGGGAACAUGUACCUCGCCUCGGCCGCCGAAUACAUCAAGGAGACCCGCAAGACGGGUAAGCAGCCCGCUGAGCUGAGGCUCGCCAUUGACGAGCAUGCGCCCCACGCCAUCAUCGAUCCGGCAGAGGUGGGAGCCUUUGGCGCGCACCUCCUCGUGUCCGAAGACCCUUCCAGCACCAAGUCUCACUACGUUGUCACCGGCCCCGUCGACGUCAACGGCCGGGACGUGGUCGAUAUCGUCGAGAAGCAUAUCGGUGCCAAGGUUGGCAACGUCGUCUUCAGGGACACGUCCUUCUUCGAUAACAUGGCUGCCUACUCUCCGGAAAAGAUCCGGCCGUACAUCAGCACCGUGAAGCAUUCUAUCGGUCCCGCUUGGGAAGGCAAGCUCGCCGCCUCGACCGCUAGCAAGGAGGUGCCGGCCAUCUACGCGCCGAAGCGCACGCCCAACGACAUCAUAGAUGAACUGCUCCAGGAAUGA